AUGCCUCCAACACUCAGAGAUCUGAUCAAUUCAGGCAAGAUUGGUGACAGAUGCCUUCUUCGAAUCGACCAUUGCUACCAAAAGGCCAACGACCGCGAUUUCGAGGUAGCUCGCAACAUCUUGGGAUCAGCCGAAUUCCGAGAUAUCCAUGGCGACCAGGAUGACGAUUAUGACAUCGACCUCCGGACACUUGCGAGAUGCAAAUAUGCAAAGAAGAUCAAAGAAAUGGAGCGUGAGACCGAUGGCUUCCAGAGUGAAAUCACAGAUCUCAAACAGGAACUUGAGGAUGGACGCAAACACUACCAGCAGCUCGAGCACCAACAUGCCCAGAUGGUUGACUACGCCAACACAGAGUACGGGAAGGCAAUUGCUGAAGGACAUGCAAAGUCUGCCGAGCUCAAGGACGAACGCAGACGACACGAAUGUCUCAAACUUCAACAUGCGCAGAUGAACGAAUAUGCAUCUAAAAAGAAUGCGUACCUUCAGCAAGAGAUCAAGGACGAAAAAGAACGACACGAACAGCUCAAGCACCACCACAGAGCAGAAAUCAACGACAGACAGACGGAGUAUGCGAAGGUGAUCGCCCAAGGAAACGCAAAAUCUGCCGAGCUCGAGGAAGAACGCAGACAACACGAACAACUCAAGCACCAACACAUGCAAACGAUUGAAUAUGGAGAAGCAAAGUAUGCUGAGAUGUUUCACGAAGCAGAGGCAAAGUUUGCCGAGCUCAUGCAGAAGAUCACUGGAUUGGAAUCUCAAAACUUGUGGCUACAGGGCCAGAUGCAGAAUCAACGUUCACUCGAUUACCGCGACAUGGCAAUGAUGGCUGCCACGAUCAAAGAGCUCAAUGCGGGUAUUCAGUACUGCCGUGGUCAGCAGUGUCAAAUUUGA